AUGAAACAGGCUCUCAAAUUUGGGCAAAGCUUCGAAGUCCAAUCACGCGGCCAUGCCCAUCUCGAAUGGCUCAAUGCUACCCCCACAACCUUUGAGCAGGAGAAUGAGACUAAGAUAAACCGAUGGGUCUGGUUGUCCGAGGCCCCCGGUGGCUCAUUCUGCCUUUGGGACGCGAAUAACCCCGAUAACAUGGGCUAUAUGCAGGACGGCAACUCAGUUUACGUCGGCUUGGAUGAUUACACCAUUGAGGGAAUAACAUCACAAGGAUUCCUCACGUUGAAGGAAUGGGUCCCUGCUGAAUAA